CGCUGCACUGUGUCAGUUGGCGUAUCAUUUGCAGUUUAACAUUCAACGAUUUCACGGACCGGAAACGAGACACAUAGACGGUCUGCAGCUCCUGGCGUAGUUACAAGAAAAAGUGUUUUUAGUUUUUCAGCAGACGAAAUGGCCAAGUGGUUCAUAUUGAGCGUUCUGCUAUUCGCCAGCAGUGUAGCGCAUGGCAAGCCCACAUUUGGUAAGGAGCACGUGCAUAUACGCAUACAUCUGCCGGAGGAUCAUGGUGACCAUGGCGGACAUGGCGGCCAUGGCGGUGGUGGUCAUGACACUGUGAUUAUUGAUGGCGGUGGUCAUGGUGGCUUCGGUGGUGGUGGCGGUGGCGGCGGCUAUGGUGGUGGUCAUGGACAUGGAGACAGUGGCGGUCACGGUGACAUUAUUGGACCAUUAACUGGAGGCCUUUUAAGCGGCGGUUUUAUUAGUAGUGGUCAUGGUGGUGGUGGCGGUGGCGGCCACGAUCAUGGUCAUGGUCAUGGCGGCGGCGGUGGCGGUGGUCACCACGAGACCAUAAUUUUGGAAGCAGGUGGUCAUGGUGGUGGUGGCGGCGGCGGUGGUUAUGGUGGCGGCUACAGCGGUGGAUAUGGUGGUGGUGGUCACGGUGGCGGCGCAGAAACCCACACCCUCAUCAUCUCGGACGCUGGCGGUCAUGGCGGUCAUGGCGGACACGGUGGAGGUGGCGGUGGCGGUGGUUAUAGUGCCGGCGGUCAUGGUGGUGGUGAUACGCACGUCGAUACCUAUGCAAUUAUCAAAGAGUCUGGCGGCGGUUAUAGUGCGGGUGGCCACGGUGGACAUGGCGGCGGCGGCGGAGGAGGUGGUGGUUACAGCUACGGUGGCGGUCACGGUGGUGGACACGGCGGUAGCAGCGGCGGUAGCGAUCAUUUGGUUAAACUUGCAGCGGUAGCGGCAGCAUCUGGUGGAUCACAUAGCAGCGGCGGAGGUGGCUAUGGCGGCGGUGGUGGUGGCGGUGGCCAUGAUGAUGUUCAUUUAGCUGCUGCUGCAGCUGCAGCAACCUCAUCCUCCCAUGGCAGCAGCGGCGGUUAUGGCGGUGGCGGUUAUAGCAGCGGUGGUGGAGACUCACAUUCGAUUGCCAACAUUGCCGCUGUAGCGGCGGCAACUGAUUCACACAGCGCCGGCGGUGGCGGCGGUUAUGGUGGGGGUGGCUAUGGCGGCAGCAGCGGGGGUCACGAUGAUGCCAAAAUAGCAGCGAUAGCCGCAGCGACGGGUAGUGGCUCAAGCGGUUACGGUGGCUACAGCGGAGGUGGUGGUGGCUACAGUGGUGGUGGUGGCUACAGCAGCGGUGGCUACAGCAGUGGUGGCGGCUACAGCGGUGGUAGCAGUUAUAGCGGCGGCAGCAGCUAUGGUAGCAGCAGCGGCGGCUAUGGUGGCAGCAGUGGCGGUCAUCUUGAUACCGCUGUGGUUGCAGCAGCAGCUGGCUCGCAUGGUGGCUCGAGUGGUGGCGGCGGCGGCAGUGGUGGCUACCACUAUGCACCAGCGUCCGGCGGUGGUGGCUGGCAGUCCUCCGGUAGCGGUGGUUGGGCGGCGUCGGGCGGUGGCGGCAGUAGCGGUGGCUGGUACAAACGUAAAUGAGCGGCGCACCCGGUUGCCACUAAAGUUUAGUUUUUAUCAAAAAUGCAUAAAUAUGUUUGCUAAAGUUAACGUUACGGACGCGCCUUAGAUUAAGCAUAUUUAUUCUAGUCCACAAAGCAGAGAGGAAGAGCAGCUCAGCAUACACGUACGUAAUGUGCGCGAUGAGGGCGCUAAAUUUUCAAGUGACUUCAAAGGUCACAGGCCGCUCGGUUGCUCGCCGCCAAUAUCACCUCACACCUUCCAUAUUGCAUCGAAAUAUAUGUAUGUAAAUACACUCAUCUUUUAAAUUAUGUUCGACAAACUGAAAUCAUUUACUUUACU